UUCUCGCGAGAGUUUGGGAUUACGUUUGCGGAAGUUUACAUUCCGUUUAGGAAAACGUGUGGCCCAUGGCAGCAUUGAGAAAAGCCGGUAUUUGGGUAUCUUUAACUUGCUUGUUCCUGACAGUGUGGUAACUACCUACAAUGAAUUCCGUUUUGAUUAACGCAGUCUUGUCCAGCUCUCCUGACUACGACGCUUUGUUUGAGUCUCUGUCCUGGCCGAGUGGGUCGUGGCCGGAGACGGAGCGGACGGAGGCGCUGACAGCUUUCAUAGAAGGACUCGGGGAGCUUCUGACCAACUCGGACACGACUCCUUUUACAGACGCGAAAAAACGACGUAUUAAAGAUCAAAUCGAGUCAAUAAUUUGGACGCAGAGUCUGCCUCUUCUCGCUAGAAUAUCCGCAGAAGCUGAAGGCAUACGGUGCAGGGAGAGCACCGCCGCUGUCUGCCGGCUUGUAGGUGUCUGUGUCCCGCUGUGUGACGCGGCUGUAGCGGGGCGAGUGGCUCUGUCCGUCCUGCCGUCGCUCCAGCAGUCAGAGGAGGAGCUGCCCGGUGUGGGAAGACUCGGUGUGGAGGUUGCCAGUGAAGUAAUAGCUGCUGUUUUACCUUCUCUGUCAGCAGAUGAACAGCUCACAUUAAAGACCUUGUCAUCUGCCUUGUCCUGCAUCAAAACUCUCCCUGACGCAUUGGUCUCCAAAAUCACCGUCCGGCUUCUCUUGACCCUCCUGAGUUGCUGCAGCGGUGUGAGGCUCGGCAGCAUCCUCAAGUUGAUCCUGGAUGAUCUGUGCAGCUGGCACUCCACUGACCGCUCACCUGCGGUUACAGAGCGGACACUGCUGUGUUUGACCGCCCUGUCAGACCACCUGCUGAACCCUCAUGGUCUGCAAUCCUCAUCCUCUGUGUCCGACCCUCGUCAGUCCCUCCAGUUCUGGAGGAUGGUUCAGGAUGGACUGACGCACAGAGACAGCGUGUCACGUAAGAGGGCGUUGUACCUGCUGAAAAGGUGUGUAGCCCUGUCAGAGGAGCAGGGGCUGGACUGUCCGCUCCUUCCAUCAGAGGAAGAUGAGACCUUGUUCAGAUGGGCUUCAAACAGGAGCAAGUUGCUCAGAGAGUUCUGGGAGGAUUAUGCGCUGGUGAUGGAGACCUUAGAGGAAAAUCAGAUUCAUGUCGUCCAGCCAGUGCUGAACAGAAUAGAUACGUUGAUCCAAACAACAGCAAAUGAUAGUCAAGGUCAUGGUCUUUUCCAUCCCUCCUGGCUGUUGUGUGUGUACCAGCGGAUGUUCCACAGUGAGAAUAAAUCCUUAAUGAAAGAGGGAGUGUGUCACCUGUUAGAGCUGCGGGUCCUCCGACAGCCGGCCUUUGCUUUGGCUUUUUCUCAGUUUAUCGUUGGCCCCUUUAUGGAUGUUCUGUCUGAAACUUCGCUCUUCUACAAGGCAGCUGGCCAGAGUGUUGGAGAUUGUCCCGAACUGGCAGCUAAACUCCAAGUCUUCAUGACCAACUUCUUUAAUAGCCUGCCGUCAGAAGAUAGAGGCCCUGUGUUGCUGCAGCUGAUCCAGCAGCUGGGCUCCAAGCACUGGUGCGCAGUACCCCUCCUCUUCGUCUCUCAGGCCCUGUCCAAACUCUCUCCAGGUCCACUGCUGGGGGUCGACGGGCUCACUGCUCUCAGGGAGGUGCUGCGCUGCACCAUGAUCACUCAUCAAGUACUCCUGAGAGGUGCUGCCCAGUGCUUCUUGCUGAAGAGCGCCCUCUGUCUCAUAGAUGUGAACACAGUGACCUUAGAUGAUGUUUUUAGUUUCCUUAUGCAUUUCCGGGCAGAUGAGUCACUGUGCAGAGGGACGCAGCUUUGGAAUCAGUUGUGCACCUGGAUAUCAGACAAUGAAGGCAGUUUCAAACCCAGCAUCAAGGAUUGUGCUACCACAAACAAAGAAACUGUAAGAGCCUAUGUUCAAGCUGAAACACAUGCUUAUCUCCAAGUCCCAGCUAGCACAGGUCAGACAGAGGGGUUACCUGACUCCCGAGAGGCUGACAAGUUGUCCAGGUCCAUUCUGCUGUGUGUGGACAUGGAGAGGAGUCGAGCUGGAGCAGAGGUCAGUAACAUCUUGGAGUCAUUACUGUCUCCGCUGCUGGACACCCUGAGCAGAGUCAGCACCAAUAUCUACCUGCCUCUGCGUAAGAGUGACAAGAGCCUGCAGCUGGUGCUCCGACUGCUCCAGCUCGGAGCAUCACCGAGUCGUCAGCAUGCUGGAGAGGAGCAAGAGGAUAACGUGAUGGUUACCAUGAAGAAGCUAAUCUUUAAAGUUGUCGAUCCAAUCCAGGAGUUUAUCUUGAGGCGGCUGUGUGGGGAGUUGCAGGAGCUGGUUGACGUGGAGCGGGCAGAGCUGUAUCUGUGUGUCCUGACGCAGCUGGUGGUCAUGUACAGCUCUACACCUCAGCACCACAGUGAAAUUCAGCAGACCUAUUUCCCUAAACUCAUCAGAUACAGCCUCAAGGUCCUGCAAGAACCAAGCCAGCAGAUCCCCUCUGUGGCAAACCAGGUGACUAGAGCAGUUGCCAUGGCAUCCCUGGCCAUGGUAUGUGGUCUUGUGGAACAGCAAGUGGUUGACAUGCAAUCAGAGACCCUUUCUGUUCUCAAAUCCCUGAAUGACUUCUUCUACAACCCAGUUUCAUCUUCUUCACAAAGUCAGUCAUCUCUGGGAUACUUCAAUAAACGCCUGCUGAAACCACAGACAGAUAAUUCAAGUGAAGAAGGAGUGCAAGGCACUGUGCUACAGAACUGGGGACGGACAGCUGCCCGUUUCAUGCGGGACCAGUGGAUUUGCCUGAGCUUUCUAAUAAAGGCCGCUGGGAUUCCUGACUCUGUAGAGAUCUCCAGAGUGUCCAAGACUCUCAAUGCUGCCCUGAGCUGCAGCGUGGAGGCACUGGCUCUGCUGCCCAGUGACCUGGUGCUGCCUGUACUCACCUUCAUGGAGACAGUGCUGCCACAAUUAGUGCAUGAUGAGGAGGCCCUCUGUGUGGAGGCUGUGACUCUGAGCUGGCAGCUGGUGCAGGGACUGAGCACUAAUGCCCAUGACUUCUGGCCCGCCCUCAAAGGCUUCAUCUCCAUGGCUUUCCACCAUAAACUGCUCAAACUGACAGACACUCAGGCUCCGAUGCUCACAGCAGCCAUGAAACAGAUCGCCACUGAGCUGAUGGAGCUGUCCGAGUCCAAGAGCGGAGUGUUCAGUGUGCUGUUUCAGCACUGCUGUCAGACAUGGCUGCCCUCAAACCCUGGCGGCGGUGACCAGGCUGACACCAACUUUUCUAGUGUUUUCAGCCACAUCAACAUUCUCACUGAGGCUUGUGUCUACGGACCAGUGUUCAGGAGAGAUCAGCGGCUCAUCCAGGAUGUCCAAACAUAUGUGGAACAACUCGGUGAGGAAUUUCCUGCUAAUGUUGUGGUCGCAAGUGAUAACAGGGACGAUCAGUUGCCCCGGACAUGUGCGCUGGCUUUCCUCAGUCGGCUGGAUUCUUCCAACCCACUGCAUGAAAGACUGAUGGAGGAUCUAGUUAUCAAUCUGUUAAAAAAGGAUAAUAACAUAUCGAAGUCAAAAGUACGUUACUAUAGCAACUCACUGCAACAUCGUGUCAAAAACAGAGUGUGGCAAACGCUGCUGCUGUUACUGCCCAAACUCAGAGAGGAGUUUGUCACCACUUUGCUGAAAGGUGCCUUUGAGGCUGGAUUCUGCAGCAACCAGGCCUCAGUCAAGUACCUGAUCGAGUGGAUGAUGAUUCUGAUCCUUGUGAAAUAUCCACAGCACAUAGACGGCUUUUGGGCCUGUUUCAACAUGGAUCACGAACGAACCAAGACGAGCAUCUGCACCUUCCUGUCAGUCCUGGUACAUUUCAAUAUCAUCGUUCCUCUUCUUAAGGAUCAGGCAGUGCAGUUGCGUAAAGCGCUGGAUAUCAUCUUGCAGUGGUGUUUCAACCAUAACUUCAGCGUGCGGCUGUAUGCCUUACUGGCCCUGAAGAGGGUGUGGAGCUUGGUAGAAGCGCGGGGAGAGGAGGGGGCUGAUGGUUUUGGGGAGCUGUCUACUGUGAUCAAGGCCUGUCUGAACCAGGCUGAGGCCAUGCAAAACACCGGAAAUGCCAACAAGAACUGGAUUAGGAUUCAAGAGCACUUCUUCUUUGGUGCUUUUCAUCCCAUCAGGGAUUACAGUGUUGAGACCAUCUUCUAUACUUUUCCCAGUCUGUCAGAGUUGGCUGAUGAUGAGUGGAUUCCACCCUGGAAGUUUGAAAAACUGUCACAUUUCUCUGAAAGUUCAACUUUCCCUUUGAAGAAUCCUGCACCUGACCUGAGCCAGCUCCAGCCUGGAGACUGGAUCCAGCAAGACAAAGGUGAACAGGAUAAGGAGGAGCGCUGGGCCGAGGUGCAGAAGAAGAUCACCCCCUGGAGGUUGGGGAUCCAGGAGCAGGAGCCCGAGCUUCAGCUGGUGCCACAGCAGAGAGCCGCUCGACUGGGCAAACUGCACGGUGCCCUGCUGGUGGUCGCCUCGCUUAUCGACAAACCCACCAAUUUAGGAGGUCUGUGCAGGACCUGUGAGAUCUUUGGUGCCAGCGCUCUGGUUCUGGAUAGCCUCCGCCACAUCAGUGACAAACACUUUCAGUCCCUGAGCGUCUCCUCUGAGCUGUGGCUUCCUCUGCUAGAGGUGAAGCCGUUGGAGCUCACUGACUUCCUGCAGGUAAAGAAGAAUGAGGGCUACUGUAUUGUUGGAGUGGAGCAGACAGCCAACAGUCAGAGCCUCCAGGACUACCAGUUUCCUGAGAAGACUCUACUACUUCUGGGCAAUGAACGAGAAGGUAUUCCUGCCAACUUACUCCAGCUGUUGGAUGUGUGUGUGGAGAUCCCUCAACAAGGGGUCAUCCGCUCACUCAACGUGCACGUGAGCGCUGCCCUGCUGAUCUGGGAAUACACUCGGCAACAUUUUACCUCAAGUGAAGUCAACUCAAAACAUAACUGAAAAAAGAAAGCAGCCAAUGCAGUGUUAACAUGUCAUCUGUUCCUCCAGUUGUUGACCUUCCUCUCUCAUCUCUGGUAGCAAGUGUGAAAAGUGUCUGAAUGUAAACUUUAGAUUUUCAUCCAGAUUUGAAUGUGGUCAGCAUUCAUCAGCGCUGUUCUUGUGCCUUAACGAGAGUCAUGAAUAGAGAUCAGCACUCGUUAUGACCUAAAUCUUCCUCUGGGCAUGCUGUUAUAUUAAUGGAGGCAACCUCUGUUGGCAGAGCAGCAGUAAACUAAAAUAUUCUCCUUUGAGGUGGAAGUGUCUUGUUUAUGUGAGCAAUUAGUUUUUGCCUCACAGCCUGGGGACCAGACUGUAAUAUCCAUACCCAGCAAAUGAUAAUACAUAGUAUAUAAAUACUGUUUCCAUUUGAGCAGUGAUUUAAUGCAAGCUGUGGUUACAGUUUUUUUGUUGUUGUUUUAUACAUUUGAAUAAAUAAAAGUUGGACAUUGUGAACUUU